AUGGCUGUACCUGUUCGCUUCACGGCAAGGACUCGGGUCCUAGUACCUGAAGUGAGGCCUCCGGCGAUGAGCAUGAGGAUGCCGAAUGAACUGGAGAGCAUACAUCAGGGAUCGAUGAUGAAGAAGGUUCAGUUCGUCAGCAAGACGAACCCUGAUCUGUGGAGAUCCGUGUACUGCGCAUGCACAGAGAGGAUCGCUCUAGAAGAUGUUUCUAAAGUGGAACAGCUCAAUGUUACAAAGCUGAAAUCUGCGAGCUGGUUGGCCCGAUCCGAUCCCAGCGGGCAGGCGAACUCGAUGUCUCACUUUGCAAGCAUGAAGGAUCUCAUGGACCCUGACGGGAGAAGCUCUGCUGAUCUCGAUUUGGACGAUACACCGCCGGGGACCUUAUUCCAGGUCCAGACAGAGAGUGAGGGGAACACAGCACGGAGAAAUUACGUGUUCAAGUGCUCGAGUGCGGAGGAUGCGGCAGAGUGGGUGGAGAAGCUCAGCUAUCUCGUGGAGAGGUCAAAGAACCAAGGAAGUCAUCAGGCGGCAUGGUUGCUGCAGGCCGUCAGGUCCGUGCACCGGUCGAGGAUGUUCCAGAAGUUCGUUGCCAUCUGUAUCUUCCUCAGUUUUGUCAACGGCAUCCUUGCAGCAGAGCUGGUCGACGGGCACGAGGACUACAUGCUCUACUCUGACCUCCUUGACAUUGUCUUUACCGGCAUCUUCUGCUUCGAAGUAAGCAUCAACCUGGCCUCGAACUGGUUCCGUCCCUUCUUCAGCGACGGUUGGAACGUGUUUGACCUCGUCUCUGUCUCCGGCAGCGUCGCCUCCGCCCUCUACAGUAACAUGCCCGUCCUCCAUCCCCUCCGAGCGAUCAGGAUCCUUCGCGCCAUCCGCCUCCUCGACGACUUCACGGUGCUCAAGGAGAUCAUUCAGGCCGUUUUGGGGUCUAUCAAGCCGGUGGCGAACAGUCUCCUCCUCCUCGGCCUCGUCACCUGCAUCUACGCGACCCUGGCGGUGAACCUGUUCAGGCACCUGGAGCCGACUUUCUUCGGGACGUUCUCUGCCUCCUUCUUCACGAUGUGUCAGAUGUGCACGGGAGACUCCUGGGCCAGUUCGGUUGUCCGGUCGAUGUUCUUCGAAUCAGGGCAGGUCAGGGCGGGACCUGCCGCGUUCUUCAUCUCGUACAUGAUCAUCGGUUACAUGGUCUUGAUGAACAUCGUCGUUGCGAUCCUACUCGGUGCAUUUGAAGAUGAAUUCCUGUCCUCCAUGAACAGGAGCCGCACAGAAGAAAUCAACAAGCUCUGGUCAGUGCUCGGCAACAACCCUCUCGACCCUCUGUGCGAGAUCCUUUCCAAGUCCAAGAGCAUGUCGGAGUUCAAGAAGAUGGUCCAGUCGCUCCAUCGGUGGAUGGACAUCGACAGCAACGGGCACCUCGGGCACGCCGAGAUACAAGAAGGGUUGUCGAGAAUCCUUGGAGAGAAAUUUUUCAUCUCCAAGGACGAAUUCACUGAGCUGAUGGCCGAGUACGGGGACAACCUUGAAGAAAUCUCGCCCGAAGGCUUUGAGGAGAUGGUGAUGAACGAGUUCAAUUCCUACGUCAUCCGCAACGUAAACAAGUCCAUGCUCGUCGACCAGAGUCGUGAGCAAUCGACUAAGUUGGGCAUCAAGUGGCUGCUCAUGCAGGACUUCCUUAACUUCGAGGUCAAGAGCAGCUCAGGGAACAAACAGUCAGCAGAGAACUCAACAAACACAAGCAGCGGCAACUCGGAUGAAGCCAGAGAAAGGAACCACGAGAACAUCGACGGGAUUCAGACAUACUUGGAAGGUUUCGUUGACAAACAGGGCAAGGCCAUGGAAAAGCUCCUGAACAAGAUGGACCAGCUUCUCAACAUGAUGUCACAGAAGUAUGACACAACGCAAGCUCAAGCUCGUCCCACCACUCCCUGCCACGUCACCUCCAGCCCCAACCCCGCCCAUCAGGAAGCUGGAGGCGCAGGAGCCACUAGCUCCCUCCUCCCGACCUUCGCCUCCUCCCUCAAGGACACGCUGAUACUCUCCUCCUCCCUCUCUCCCUCCUCUCUGAUCGUCAAGGCACCCAGCGGCAACGACAGCCUGGGGUCAGGCGGGAGGAGCGGUUCAGGGAAGGACCAGGGCCGAGCUACUCUCAGCCCAGCUGCAAGCGAGCUGAGAGCUGGUACUCCUGGGAAGAGGUACAGUCUCAUCGCCCUCAUGAGCCCCAGAGGCAACCAGAGCCCAGCAGGCAGCCCAGCUCUCAGCGGCUCCGGGGCCGAGCUACAGGGACAUGGGCCAUGGGGAGGGGGGCAGGUCUCGCCCUGGACGAGGCCGCAGCUGUUGACGGCCAGGAGCCACCGAGCUGGGGCCUCAGCUGGGGAUGAUGAGCUGGAAGACAGGGAGGCUGUCAAGUUCGACGUGAACCCGUUGUUCCCAGCCCUCUCGGUGGGGUCCGAGGUAGGUGGACAGAGACUCCAGCUGUUCCCCACCAGGCCGGUCAAGGCAGCCGGCUGA